AGAUUGAGACACCCGAGGCACAGUCGAGCCCGACAAUAACACUCAAACACUCCGGGCCCCUGGAGCUCCUUUCGAUGCAAGAUUGGCAUGCAGGUCGCGGCCGAAAAUCAGAUAUCGGGACGGGACGUCGAAAGGCGAGGAACUGACAAGGCUCAGCCAACCCCACGUCGAUAUCACGACGCCGCCUGACCUCAUGCGAUGUAUGUACUCCGUACGGAAUACACACGUCGUCGGUAACCAACUUUGUGCCGAGUGCUACCCAUCCACAAUACCUAAGGUAGUGGGCCACUGCCAUUCGCAAGUCCCACAAACCCACGUGACGGAGUUCUGCCAGUACGAGGUAGGUUGUGUGGAUAAGCGGAGGACGUGUUCCCCUUCGAAUGUACUCCGUACCACAUGCAUGGAUUGGAUGCAUGUCACACACAUGAUGGGGCGACAUCCAGGCGCAAGGGCGCAACACAGAUAUCAUACUCCACGUGGGAACGGCACGAAAGAAGAUAUACUGUCGCAGUCGGCAGAGACAAGGGUCGUCGAAUUCCUUUCAAUGGCAAGAGGAACUCGUGACCAUUGGGAUGCAGGGAUUGGGGGCCAGAUUCUGCAGUUGACGGUGAUGGUGCGCACGAUGGUGGAAGCGAUGCAGCUGCAGAAGUAUGGCCAAAAACAACCCCCCAGAUCCAAAAGUUUGGGCUCCAACAUUGCGUUUGCGAGGCCCCGGGUGCCAGAGCCUUGGGACUCCAGGGGCGACGUGAUCUUGAACAGGACCGAAAGAAAGCAAAGAAAGAGUGGGGGGAAAAGGGGGGGAAGGGGGGAAAAGGAGAAAAAAAAAAGAAAAAAGAAAAAAAAAAGGUGUUGGCGCGUAAUCGGCCGGGCGUUCAGAUAUUCCUACACGCCUUGGGUUGGCGCCAAUGAUCGAUCAUGCACGCGGACCGUUGAAAAGUACGGCAUGCCCCUCGCCUGUCUGUGAUAUAUUGGAGUCUGUGGAGGGUGGAUGGGGAAUGGCCUUGAAGUCGUCAUCCGAAGGGUACCUAUAUGCCUCGUCGAGUCAGCCGACGGUAGCGAGGGGUAUUCUCGUGGCUCCGAGUCAAGCCAGGCUCAUGCCACGGGGCAUUCUCGAUGAUACGCCCCGAGCUAUAAG